AUGGCAGCAGCACCGGCGAUGACUUCCCAGCACGCUCGAGCCCCAGUCAUCAAGGUGAUCGCGGGCGAAGACGAGAUCUUCGGCGAAGAAGACCCUGACGUCCCGCUCAAUGUCUUCCAUGUCAGCAAGUCACUGCUGCUAGAGAACUCCAAGUACUUUGCCAUCAUCCUCGAUUCAUCCCCCGACCGUACCACCGUUCGUCUCCCGACACAGGACCAUGACGUCCUCGCCGACUGGCUCGACUUGAUCUACCAAGGCGCUCUCAAUAAGUCCACCAGCAGCAAACCCCUGACAUUCGAUGACGUGGAGCGCUACUUCAAAUUCGCAGACCUGGUGGGUUCCGAAAAGCUCAGAAACACCGUCAUGGAUUCUAUGCAGGACGUGCCGCUGGAUCACUGGGACUUGCGAUCGCUGUGGACCCUGGAUGCCCACUACCCCUCCCUCGAGGACCUGUGCCACUAUAUCCUCGAAUGCCUCGCGUAUAAGAUCGUCAUGAAUGGCUGGGCCGAUUUCACUGCGGCGGACCGCAACUGCGAGGGGAACAUGUGGUACGAUUUCGUCAGUAACAUGAACAACAUCGAGUUGCUGAAUGCGCUGCUCCUGAAGGUGGAUGAGCUGAGCAUGCUGAAGGACAAAAACAUGCUUGUGGCCCCCACGGAUCGCAGGGAUUGCAAGUUGCAUGAGCAUGCCAGCGACGACACAAAGGCGAAGUGCCCGAGAAAAGAUUGGCGACCGUGGAAAGCCGUGGUGUCGUACAAGAGUGAACUCCUGAACGGCCACGGCGACGCGGUGGCACCGAACGGUCAUGGGCGAACAGACCCUGACCUCCUUUGA